AUGCAAGACCUGCACCGCAAGCACGGUGACAUAGUCCGUGUUGGGCCUAAUGCCUUGUCAUUCGCCACCCCAGAGUCGUACAUGAUCAUCUACGGGCAUCCCAAGCAGGGCCAAAAGAAGUUCAUCAAGGCGGCCGUGUACGACAAGGGACAGCGGCGCAUCGCCAACGUUCGAGACCCGGCGGAGCACGCUCAACAACGAAAACUCCUCUCCAACGCAUUCAGCGCUCGGGCUCUGCGAGACCAGGAGGUUGUGAUCCACCGUUACCUUGACUUGCUAGUGCAGCAGCUCAGCAAGCUCGGCAGCGGCGGCAGCAAGCCUGUAGAUGUUUCGGCUGCCUAUAAUUGGCUGACAUUUGAUGUUAUCGGCGACUUGGCAUUCGGCGAGUCGUUCGGAGCAGUAGCGGAAGGAUCCUUGUACUGGUCAUCGCUGAUCCUGGAUGCGAUCCUUUGGGCCAGCGUGGUACAUCUCAUGAAGCGCAACCUGUUGUUUAGGCUCGUCCUUCCCUUCUUCUGGCCGAAGGGCAUGGAGGAGAAGCUGCAGAAGCACAAAGAGCUCGCGAGACGGAAGGACAAGAAACGUCUUGAGCUCGGCACGAGCCUGAACCGCCAGAACUUCUUCAGCCACCUGAUCAAGGACAACGUCCUGACCGAGGCCAGCUUGGUAGGGAAUGCGCGGAGCUUGCUCGUUGCAGGGCCCGAAACUACGGCAUCGGGGCUGGCUGGGGUCACUUACUACCUCCUCAAGAAUCCAACAUGCCUCGCGAAGCUGUACGACGAGGUCCGCUCCGCAUUCAAUUCUUACGAGGAGAUUACUAGUGACUCGACGGCUACCCUUCCGUAUCUCCACGGCGCCAUCGAAGAAGGAUUGCGUCUGUUCUCGCCUGUGGCAUUUGGGCUGCCUCGCGACUGCCCCGGCGCUGUCAUCGACGGGGUCCAUAUUCCGGAGGGAGUUGUCGUGUCGACCGAAAAUUAUGCCUUGUCCCGUGAUCCGCGCUACUGGGCGGAACCCGAGUCGUUCCGGCCGGAGAGGUGGUUCGGAGAAGGGCUGGGUGACGACAAGAGGGCAUUCCAGCCUUUCUCACCGGCCCACGUGCUUGUCUGGGGUUGA